GAGCGCGCGCUAGCCGACUAAUUUUGUGCUACUAAUCUGAGGAUUCUCCCCUGACUUUUGCUUCUAUUCUGAUGUGAAUUAUGGGAGAUGAUAGCCGACCGAGGAGGAUAUUGGCGGAUCUAAGCAGUGCUCUUCGACGAGAUCCUAAAAUUGAUGAGUUUGACUUCAUCUACUGUCCUGAGCCUGUAGUGAAUAGAAGUCCUGUGGUGCUAGAGAAUCAUAAACUUGGUCUGCAAACAUGGAGCAUUAAACUCCUGUUCAACUUUGUCUACAAAAACCUGUUAAAGAAUACAGCAGCAGUGAAAGAUUUGAAAUCUUUACAUGAAUUCAGCUGCACAGUACUUUUACUCAAUCCAGACUGUUACACAGUAUGGAACUUGAGGAAGGAACUGGUAACCAAACGUUAUAUCAAAGCAGACGAUGACCUCAAAUUGGCAACACUAAUCCAAACCAAACAUCCAAAGAGCCCAGAAACUUUCAUUCAGAGGAGAUGGCUGUUACAACAGCUGUUCCCGUCAUCAACAUCAACAUCAUCUUCCAAACGUACGCAACCAAGCCACCAUCACCACUCCACCGCACAACAAGCAAACGGCAACUCCUUCCACAAUCAGCAUCACUCCAACGGCACUCCAGCGCACCCCGCAGGGAGCGCAUCCCACCCUGCUGAUGCCUUUGAGCUGACGGAGAGACAUCGGCAGGUGGUGGAUCGUGAGAUGGAUGCCUGCAGAGCAGCAGCUGAUAGGUAUCCAAGUAAUUACAAUGCUUGGAGCCACAGGAUAUGGGUGCUAAAGGAAAUAACCAGACUGGAUACAGGGGUAUUACUAAAGGAACUUGAAAGCACCAAAUCCUGGGUAAAACAGCACAUAUCUGAUCACAGUGGGUUCAACUACAGAUAUUUUCUUAUCAAGUCCCUGUCAUGUCAUCACCCUCAUGAAGAUGUACUUAGGAUGAUCCAUGAAGAGUUGGUCUUCACUUCAAACCUCAUAGAGAACUUCCCCGGUCAUGAAGCUAUCUGGUAUCACAGGAGAUCUAUCUUGACGUUGGGAAGAGAAUGUCUGCAGAGAGGUUGUUGCCGGGUGUCUUAUACAACACCACACACCCUGGACUAUGUAAAGAGGAUCGAGAGCCCUAACGGUGUUGAGAUGUGUGAGGACAUAUCGGAUACAGAACCCUUGGUGCAAGGGGAGAAGGAAUGGCUCCUCCUGAAGGACUUCUCAAGUGCUAGCUCGUUUCCUGGUCCCAAGACGUCAACAUCCUCCUCCUCCGCCAAGAUGGACCCUGUGGAUCAUGCGGAGUAUGCCGCGUAUGAGCGCUCCAUCAGCUGUGCGGAAGAGAACAUUGGGGAUGCGCUGGCUCUGUUGCUACACAAGGAAGACCUAUUCAUGGAGUUGCUGUACAAGAAGUGCUUCAAAGUGGACAGACCACAGUUACAGAGGUGUAUAGACAGUCACAAAAAAUGGCUAUGUCAUGUGCAAUUCUAAAUAUAUAUUGUUUUUCACCAUUUCUUUUGAUGAUUUAUGUCUUUGUUAUUUUCUUAUAUUUAUGCGUACAUGUCAAUAUUAGAUUAAUCUGAUGAUGAAUAUUUAUAACCAAAGGUGUAAUUGUAGGUUAGGAAGUAAAUGGUAGAAAUAAAAGCCUGAAAUAAGUAGCCUAUAUUGCCUUUAGAUUAUUAAGUAUAGAUAAACGUAUAUAUUCUUUACUAUCUUUACUUCUGUUGUGCCCAAUUUGUUAUUGGAGAUUAUACUUCUUUCGUUUGUAGCCAGGUUACUCUCUCUUCUCUCUCUAUCCCAUCUCUCUCUCUCUCUCUCUCUCUCUCUCGAUCUAUUUCAAAUUAUUAGUUUUUAUGUAUGUAUAUGUAUACUUUAUCUAUCCCCUCCCCUUGUUUUCUUUUUUUUCUUCUCUCUCUCAUUUACUACUACUCAACAGGAAGAGUAUAGUCCCAUAGGUGGUUGCUCUAUGCAUUAUUUAGAUGAAAAGAAAACAAAUAUUCUCUUACCUCCCUUUCUUCAUCUGUCUUCCUCUGACUUGGGUUUUAUACUUUUAUUUUGAAUCAUACGCAAGUUAUCAUUGACACAAUAACGUAACGUUGUCUGCAUUUAGUAAGUUUUGCUCAGGGCUGCAUAAUUAUAUUCCAAAUCAUGUUUUGCAAAGAGUAGUCUUGCCUUAUUUUGCCAUGUAUGACUAAGUUGGCAUUAGUGUGAACAGCAUUGCCUUACUUUUAAAACUUGUCAAUAUUUUUGUUACUCAUAUUUAAUAUUACAUUGAAAGUAGUUUCAAAAUCUCAUUACUUCAAUUAGAAAUUUUCUGAAUUCUAUGAAUUAUCAGGGAUGCCAGUUUUCAGGCAAUAGCCUGAAUUCAGGCCCUGGUGAGUUAUUUUCAGACCAUAGUAUAGGCUUUUUUUAAUACAAAAUAGCUUAUUCUAAGUGAUUUUCAGGGCCUCUGAUCAAUUCUAGCUGGCAUCCCUGAAUUAUGCUUUGAAACAA